AUGGGCCCGAAAAGAGGAAAAAAGGGCACUCCGUGGCCUGAACCACGGUUUGCAGAUGACCCCGAUAUACGCGCAUAUGCAGCAGCGGCUAUCAAAGACCUCGAGGCCUUGAGAAAACAUCAAGAAUUACUGGAGAUUGGCAUGCCACGUGAAAUAUCAACGGCCGUGGUUGACGCGUUCUUACACCUAGCUCGACGGUUGGCGCAGCGCCUCGCGCGCGUUGAAUUGAAUGUUGAAAAGACGCAGAAAGAAGUCUCUCAGGCCUCUCGAGAGAUUACUACAACAAAAAGCAACACUAAUCGCCUGGUAGAGGCGAUCUGCCGCCCUACACUCCCUACGACCACACGCGGCAGCGUCGCGAAAAAUUCUCUUAGUGUUGGAACUCAGAAUGAACUAAACCAAUUUGGGAAUAGGACAAGAUUUGCGUAUCAAGAAAUUUCGAGAAUUGGCAUCACAUUCCGACGCGAUAUUGAACAUUACAAAUCAACUUUACAGCCUAUCUCUAGAAAUCACGUGACAGCGAGUUCUGAGUCGUACGUACAAGCAUGGGGACGUAACGUGCCCUCAAACCCUCCUACUGUCCCGAGCGUGGGACUGAGCAGUGGAGGAAGCUCGCCAUUGACCCCUUAUCCUAACCAGGAGGACCUAGAGGUCUACCUGGAACAUACUGACUCCAACAUUGUCAACCCAAUCCGCCGAUUUCCGGAUCAGGUAGUUGAAAAGGCAAAUCUCGCGAUACGCAGCACCCAAGAUACGACGAUCGCGCAUCGACGAAUUGUAGCGGCCCGCAUACUACCUAGUGGUGACAUUACGCUAUUAUUAGGCACUGUGGACGACGUGGACCAGCUUACUCGCAAGAACGACUGGAUCAAGGCCUUCGGAACAGAAACGCGUAUUCGAAAACGCACAUGGGGGGUUGUCUUACGCGGCGUGGAUACUAAUAUCAACCCUAAACAACCUCAGUUCAAAACAACGUGAGAAUGCACCGGUGUUUGCGCAACUCCCAGCUCCUAUGAAUAUUACGUACAUAGGCUGGCUUCUCAGUGAGCAUAAAAUUAAGGAAGAAACCUCCUUCACCUUUUACACACACUCUCUUUUAAUUACCCCACUGCCAAGGCGUUAUAAUGUGGUCAGUAUUUUUCAACGUGUCACUAGUCACGUUUUGUUUUGUUUGUGACAUAUUUUGAAACAUUAAACCUU